AUGAAGGAUUUUCAGUCGCUACUAGAUUCAAAUGAACCGUUAAUCAAGAUUUGUGGCCUACAAACAGUUGAGGCUGCUCAACAUGCUUUAAAUUCUGGUACAAAUUUCAUCGGUAUCAUCUGUGUUCCAAAUCGUAGCAGAACUAUAAGACCCGAAAUUGCCAGAGAAAUAUCAUCCUAUAUACACAGCCACCAUCCUACAAAAUUUCUUGUAGGUGUGUUUCGCAACCAAUCAAAAGAAGAUGUCUUAAAACUUGUUAAUGAUUAUAACAUAGAUAUAGUGCAGUUGCAUGGCGAUGAAGACUGGGAAGAAUAUCAUAACUUCAUCGGAAAACCAAUCAUUAAAAGAGUCAUCUUCCCUAGAGAUUGUAAUGAUGUUAUCAGAAUUAAUAACCUACCAGUACGUACAGUUUUGCCUCUUUUCGAUUCUGAAGCAGGCGGAACAGGUGAAAAAUUGGACUGGAACUCAAUUUCAAAUUGGUCGAAAGGAGCCAGCUCUCAGAAUGAAAUCAAAUUCAUCUUAGCUGGUGGAUUAACUCCAGAUAAUGUAAAAGAAGCUAGCUCAUUGCAUGGUGUCAUUGGUGUCGACGUCAGCGGUGGCGUGGAAACUGAUAACGUCAAGGAUUUCAAUAAAAUUGAAACUUUCAUAGCUCAAGGGAAAGGAUUAUAG